AAACAAAUAACAGAAAUGGAGAAACAGAAACGCAAAAGUGCAGUUUCAGCUUUCCUUAUUAAUUGAUUGACUCGGUUCAAAACGUUUCCUUCAGUUCUCUCUCUCUCUCUCUCUCUCUCUCUCUCUCUCUCUCUCUCUCUCUCUCACACACACACACACACACACACACAGAUUGCAUGAGGAAAUGAGAGGAAAAGUAACCAUGGCCAAGAAGAGAGCUUCUUCAUCAUCCAUGAGCCGGCUUUUGAGCUUCGUUUCAAGGCUAUUCAUCGUUCUCAGCGUCUUGCUAUGUCUAUUGGCUUUCCUUAGACUAAUCCAUUCUCAGUCCAAGGACCAACCACCAGUCUUUGCAUCCCCAACAAGGUUUCCCGCUGCCAUUCACGAUAAUCAAUUUGAAGGCCCUCCAAAAGUUGCUUUCCUCUUCCUUGCCCGCUGGGAUCUUCCUCUUGAUUUUCUAUGGAACACCUUCUUCAAGAAUGGUGAUGCCGCAAAUUUCUCGAUUUAUAUCCAUUCGGAGCCUGGUUUUGUGUUUGAUGAACCAACCACGAGGUCUGCUUUCUUUCAUGGUCGACAGUUGAACAACAGCAUUCAGGUAGGGUGGGGGGAAUCGAGCAUGAUAGAAGCAGAGCGCAUACUACUCCAAGAAGCUCUGCGCGAUCCAGCCAAUCAAAGAUUUGUCCUUCUUUCAGACAGCUGUGUACCUCUAUACAACUUCAGUUACAUUUACAACUACAUAAUCUCUUCUCCAAAAAGCUUUGUAGACAGCUUUGUUGAUGGUCAUGCAUUUCGUUAUGAUCCGAAGAUGGCACCUACUAUACCUAAGGAGAGAUGGCGUAAAGGAUCCCAGUGGAUAGCUUUGGUGAGAAGACAUGCAGAAAUCAUCGUCAAUGACAAGACCGUCUUUCCCGUCUUCAGGAAAUUCUGUAAGCGAUGGCCGCCUGGAGAUUUAAAAUGGAGGAGGAAACUUCUUGCAUUCAAUUUCGAUAUCAAGUAUCUAUUGCAGACAUUUGAGCAAAAACGCAAUUGUAUCCCCGACGAACAUUAUGUCCAGACACUACUUGCAAUAAGUGGACUCGAGGACGAACUUGAACGAAGAGCACUGACCUACACAUCAUGGAAUCAGUCAGCAGCAGGAAGUAAAAAGAGAUCUUGGCACCCUAUAAAGUUCGAUUUUGCAGACGCGGGGCCUCAAAAGAUGAGAGAAAUUAAGGAUAUCGAACAUGUAUACUACGAGUCUGAAGGCCGAACGGAAUUCUGCCGUGCGAAUUCCGAAGUCGCUCCUUGCUACUUGUUUGCAAGAAAAUUCACUCUUGGAGCUGCUGUGCGGAUUAUGAGAGAAGGUUUGGUUGGUCCGUACGAUGUUCGUUCAAAACCAAAUAUAUAUUAGGCAUCUGGAAAAGGAAAGAGAGAUGGAAACAAACAACGCUUGCAGCAUAAGAAGUUGCCAAUUUGACAGUGGUUGUAUAAGGCAAAACAGAAACAGCAGGCAACCAAACCGAAAAAUUGAAAACUUUUUUCUAAAGUGUUAUAAAUAGGAAAAGUUAGAGAGAUAAUAUUUACUAGGGAUAUGAGAGAAGCGGAUGCAAAAUAUUACACUAUUUAGUUCGUAAUUAUAACAAAAAUAUUCCAGGAAAAUAGGAAGGAAGGGAUACUG